ACACUAGGAUCACAGACAUCAUUGCAGUCAUGGGCUUCUAGUCUCUCGUAUGACAGCCAAGCAGAAGAUUUCAAUGAGCCCAAGGAGUUUAUGCGAAAGUUUGUGGAGGAAGUAUUUAAAACCCCUCACGUUAUUGAUGUGGACAGGAAAGCUCGCUUUGGUGAACUGGCUCAGAGAGAGAGAGAAAGGUUUUGGACUGGUGAUUGCACGCGCCUCAAUGCCAAGCGAUGCUGCAAGUGGAUCGAAGCCACUUUCAUCUCACUUAUCCAAACACAUCUCUGUCAUGUAUAUUUGAGUGCAAUUGAUGCUGAAGAUUACUCACACUGCCAAGAUCUCAAGAACAUGUGCUAUACCUAUUACCAUAUGAAAAGGUUUUCUAUGUCACCAGGAGGACAGAAUAGGAGUAAGGAAUUUCUAUAUACCUACCUCCGGCAGCAGCCAAUCUGGAGAUCUAUACGCUUCUGGAAUGCCGCCUUCUUUGAUGCCCUCCAGUGUGAGCGUUCUCUUCGACCUGUGGUAACACGGGAAGAAGUGGAGAGUAACAGGGUACAAGCUGUUACUGAUGAGCUCCAUUAUCAAGAGAAUAUCACUUUUGGUCAGCUUGGUACUUUCACAUGCAACAUGCAUGCCUUUGGUCUCUCUAAGGAGAUGGUGAAUGAAUUCCUUCGCAAACAAGUGACCAUUGCUAGUCUUCGACCAGAUCAAGUCAAAUUGCUCCGUGAUAAUGUUGAGCGUAUGUACAGUGGAAGACAAGAAUGGCAAUAAAUGGUGCAAGUCUCGUCAGGAUGUGGAAUCAUUUACACUGAAUGCACUUACGGCUUUAAAUCUUCUUAAUAUGCAGCCAGGAAGACAGUUUUUUCUGUGUACCAAGAGAGACGAAGAUGAUGAAAACUGAUGUAAAUGAACCUGGCUUAGGUAAGUAGGCUGAAACAGUACAAAAUGGAAAAGUUAACUAUAUUUAUAGUAAGGAGUAGUAAUGGGUUUCUCUGAAAUUUGUGUCAUGUUACACUUUUGACAAGAAGAAAGUAAAGUGAAGUAAUCAAAGUACCAAGAAAAUGUAAAAAUUAUUGAAAGAGAAAGUCAUUAGGAAGAAUUUCAAAUUAUUUUAGAUCUCACCUGUGAUAUAGUUUUCUUCUGUUAUCUCUACCUUACUCACUCUCAAACCCUGACUAAGAGAGUUAUGUCUAACAUCAGUUGCUUGCUUGUUCAUGACCUAGUCAUGUUACUGACAUGUGCACUGUUAUGCUUUUGCUCUACCCACACUUAUCCAUUAACCUACUUAUUCAGUCUAUCUUUACUAUUUUGAAUUAUGUACUAAUAGGUGUUGUAUAUACUUUUAGUUUUAUGCCAAUGACAUUUCUUAUAUAGCUACUAAACCAGCCUAGAAUUAUCUAGUAAAUGUUUAUUUUCAUGAUAUUUUUGGGCCAUAAGAUGGUGUAUGGUAAAUGUGUGGAAGUAAAAAGAAAGAUCAGUUUAUUUUCAGUAUAUCUAAUGCAGUGUUCUAUUUGUAAAAAUCAUCAUAUGAUAUACAGUACUGAAGGGUUUGGCUAGUUUUGUAGUUUAACUUUGCCUGGACCCUCUUCCCUCCCAGUAUUGGUGAUAAUUUUGUGAUAUUCUUAUAGACAUGUAUGAUAUCCUAAAAUGUUUAGAGGGCUACACUCCAUGGUGAGCAGCACGUUUAUUUCGGUUUUAAUUGAUAUCAUUUGCUAGUCCUGGAAUAAGACUACAGUUCUUUUUGCUAAAAAUUGCACUAAGUGAAUUAAAAGUUUUAUAGAUUUUGUAUUACAAAUGUGAUAGUUUUUGUCAGUUAGUUUCUUGUCUAUAGUCUUUCUAGAGGCCUAAUGUCUGAGAUUCAUGUCCUACAACUGAUGUACUUAAGAAACAGGCCUUAUUUAUUAUAUAUGUAGGCUUAAGAUUCCCAUCAUUGAGAUGGGCAGAUUGGAUAUUACCACUUCUAUUAUUAUUUCAAGUUGGUUAACUGAAAGCAUAAAUUAAUAAAGAAUUUUCCAGUGAUUUCACCCCUGGUUAUUAAAUUUUUACAUAGGUUUAAAAGGCAUUACUUCAUGAUGAAUGUACAAUUUAUAAUAUAGGCAUGUUACCUUGUGUGUUAGUAUAUUACUAGCAGCCUGCCUGUGAGGCAGACUUGUGCUUCUGACUGUAAAGAGAAUAUUUACGAGUUCAUUAGUUAUAUGCACUGAUAGAUGUGUGUCUCAGUGUAUAUACUCUGAGAGUUUGCCUUAAUUCUUAUUUUUGGCAUUAAGGUUCCAUGACGUUGGUAUCUAAGUGGACUGCCACCUUAAUAACCCUCAAGUAGAUGAUUGGCCUUAAACUUAGCAACAUAAGAGUCUGCUCACAUAGGCCUGGUGUUGUGUGAUUGCACAUAUAAUUAAUAGAAAUGAGUUUGUUUUUUACCUGUUUGGAUGUGUGUGAAUCACCUGGAGUUGUCAGUUUUUAAUGUGCCAAAUGUAAUCACAUAAAAUCGGUAUACAUUAUGUUGAAUCUGACACUUUUUAAAAGUACACUAGCCUCUCAUUUCUUAUUUUUUAAGACAAAAUAACUAUAUAAUUAUGUGCACUUAGGAAUCCUUAUAGGUGUGGCUUUUAUUUAGCAGUAGAGAUGGCUGUCACUUUUUUUGGGGACAGCAUAAGAUGCUUGAAACAUACAUUAUGAAUUUUUAUAAAGUAUCAACUUAAUACUCUGCUUUUAAUUUUUGGCAAAAUGUUAUUAAACACUUUUUAUUUAUUGUAUACAUGUCUUAGAACUUUAGGAAAUAUUGCCUUUUAAACAAAUAUAAUUUAGGAUUUAGGAGAUUAUCUUUUCAAGGGCAUACAGGCAAUUCCCGUUCAGUGAUGAGGGUUGGUUCCAAAAAAUAGUGUUAAUAAAUGGUAUAAAAUACCGACACAAUGGAAAUAUAAACACGUAUGCAGUAUAAUGUGAUCCUUUAUUGACAACGUUUCACCCACACAGUGGGCUUUUUCAAGUCACAAACAGAUCUACCUGGGGUGGAAGGUACGCGAGUAUUUAUAGUCAGGUUCAGAAUGCUGAGGUCAGGUGGAGAAUGCUGCAUCUGAUGAUGUACCUAGUGGGGUUUAUAGAGUCUAAAAUCUUGGGUAGCUUGGAAGGGAGAUUGGAUAAGUUUGUGAGCAGACCUUCUGCAGUGCUCUCCCAUUCCUAUGCUCUUAUGUGGGAUAGCGAUGAAGAAGUUUCUUCGCAAGUGGUUCAGCUAUGUUAUAGAAGCCACUAUUCUGGUUGAAGUUGUCGGAUAUAGAAAUAAGUGAUGAUUCCAAGAUUCUUCGGUAUUGAGUGUUGUCUUCUGUGGCAAUAAGUCUUGAGUUUCUGUAGUUUAUCAAGUGGUUUUGUGAAUUACGGUGUUGUACACAGGCAUUCCUUGUAUCGUCAGACCUGCUUGCGUAUUGGUGUUCUGAAAUACGUGUUUGGAGGUCCCUUGAUGUUUCGCCCACGUAUAAUUUGUUGCAGUCAUUACAAGGGAUUAUGUAUACCCCUGCAGAGGGUGGAAGCUUGUCCUGUCUAUCACUGGUAAUGUCCUUGAUGGUCGUGGUUGUGGAGGUAGAUACUUGGAAUGAGGUAUUGGAAAAGAUGUUGGAAACGUGUUUGGCAAUGGAGUUGGUGGGAAGGACUAUGUAUCUCUUCUCGGCAGUGUCUUCUCUUUGUGUGUUGAAGAUAUUUAAUGCCCGUCGUCUGCAGUCUCUGAUGAAGUGACAAGGAUAUUGGAGUUUAGAAAAUAAUUGUUCAAUUACAGUGCAUUCUUCCUCAAGAAACUCAUUGCUGCAGAUUCUGAGUGCACGCAGGAAGAAGCCUAUAAUUACACCACAUUUAGUUUUGGUGUCGUGGUGAGAGUAGAAGUGGAAAAGAUCGUUUUGGUUGGUGGGUUUUCGAUAGACUUUAAAACGAAGUUCGUGGUCAGCUUUGCAGAGAAGAACAUCAAGGAAAGGAAGAGUGUUGUCGACUUCUUCUUCAAGUGUGAACUGGAUUGAAGGCUCGAACUGGUUGAGCUUGUCUUGGAGAGCUUGAACGUUGAAGCGUCUAGGAGUUAUGAGGAGAAUGUCGUCAACAUAACGGAGCCAGGUGACAGACGAAGGAAUAAUGGUGGAGAAACGUUUGGCUUCUAGAUAUUCCAUGUAUAGGUUCGCUAGGACCGCACUGAGUGGUGAACCCAUGGUCAAAAAUAUAUUUGGCUCUACAUUACAGGUCUUCUUUUUUCUUUCAACACACUGGUCAUAUCCCACCGAGGCAGGGUGGCCCAAAAAAAAAGAAAAACAAAAGUUUCUCUUUUUAACUCUAGUAAUAUAUACAGGAGAAGGGGUUACUUGUCUCUUGCUCCUGGCAUUUUAGUUGCCUCUUACAACAUGCAUGGCUGAUGGAGGAAGAAUUCUGUUGCACUUCUCCAUGGAGAUAAGAGGAAAUAAACAAGGACAAGAACUAGUAUGAAAAAUAGAAGAAAACCCAGAGUGUGUGUAUGUACACCUACCAUCCGACUUACAACCUGCUCAACAUACGUCCACUCGACUUACGACCAUACAUUUGACAACUGGGCUGGGCUGGGCUGGGCUGGCUGACACAUACCACUGUACAAUAUCUGACGAUACUCGCGGCGACAAUGCGCCAUGCAGGCAGCAUCAGUUUGAGUUACCCUGCCCUAUCAGCAGCAUCAUAUGUACUGUAUUAACUGUACUAACUGGACAGUAAAUUUCACCAUGGUCCCUAAGAGGAAGUCUGAAUUUUGCACUGGAGAUUGUGGCAAGAAGGCAAGAAAGGCUCUUAGUCUUGAACUCUAUUUGUUUUCACUGUUGCACAUAAAUCUGGCUGUAUCUGUCUGCCUGUAUAUCUGUCUGUAUCUGUCUGCCUGUAUAUCUGUCUGUAUCUGUCUCUGUUUAUCUGUCUUGUCUUCCUGUGUGUGACUGUCUUUCUGUCUACCUGUGUGUCUGUCUUUCUGUCUACCUGUGUAUCUGUCUACCUGUGUGUCUGUCUUUCUGUCUGCUUGUCUCUCUGUCUCAGAGUCGCUCAUGAACCAACAGGUAUUACACACGAAACAGUUGUCACAUCUUCAAUAUGAUGCUAAUAUUGCUAUACAGUUUAUUUAUUUAUCACAAUUCAUCUAAUAUGACAUAAUAAACAAUAUAAAUAACAAAAACCUGAUAUACACUCUAGAAUGAAUAAAAUAUGAACUUAACUACAUUAAACUCCACAUCUUGCACCUGUGCUGGUGUGCAGAUACACAUUAAAAUUAUUAAGAGUGUUAUUUGUCUUGAAGAUGCCAUAUUAAUAAUGAUGAUAAUAACACAAUAAUAAUCACUCUGAGGUGCAUUAAAUGUGUAUAAAACGUUAAUAUAGACAUUUUGCUUAAUCCAUCUAUGAUUAUUUUCAAAAUUAUAUAAUAAACAUGCUGUGUAACAUAUAAAUUAACAUAAAUAUGAGAUGUUUUUCCAGUUGACUUGACAGAGUGAGCAAAAACCAUUCGUGUCUGGGCUGGUAACAACAAUAACAACAACUAGUUUGUUUACAAAACGCACGAACCUUCUACACUCAUUCUCUCUCUCAUUUAUUCAUUUAAUCUUGUUUACUCACCUCUCACUGUACAUUAAGACUACAGAUAUUUUAAGGUAAGUAAUGAGUAAACACUAUAUUAUAGUUUAAUAAUAAUAUUAUUAUUAUUAAUAUUAGUACAUACGUAUUAUUGUAAUAAUAAUACGUAAUAAUAAUUAUUAAUAUUAUUAUUAAUUUAGGGCACUGGAGCACAGAUCCACUGUAUAGCACUUUGUCUGGAUUUUUGGGGUUAUCCUAGGUAAUUUAUACUAUGUAUGAUAACUUUACUUACGUGUACCUGUGUGUGUGUGUGUGUGUGUGUGUGUGUGUGUGUGUGUGUGUGUGUGAGAGUGUGUGAGAGUGUGUGAGAGUGUUUGAGAGUGUGUGAGAGUGUGUGAGAGUGUGUGAGAGUGUGUGAGAGUGUGUGAGAGUGUGUGAGAGUGUGUGAGAGUGUGUGAGAGUGUGUGAGAGUGUGAGAGUGUGUGAGAGAGUGUGAGAGAGUGUGAGAGAGUGUGAGAGUGUGUGAGAGAGUGUGAGAGAGAGAGAGUGAGAGAGAGAGAGAGAGUGUGAGAGAGAGAGUGUGAGAGAGAGAGAGAGUGUGAGAGAGAGAGAGAGUGUGAGAGAGAGAGUGUGAGAGAGAGAGAGAGAGAGUGUGAGAGAGAGAGAGAGAGAGAGAGAGAGAGAGAGAGAGAGAGAGAGAGGAGAAGAAGAAGAAGAAGAAGAAGAAGAAGAAGAAGAGAGAGAGAGAGAGAGAAGAGAGAGAGAGAGAGAGAAAAGAGAGAAGAGAGAGAAAAGAGAGAAGAGAGAAGACAGACAAGACAGACAGACACAGAUGGAGAGAGAUCCAAAUUCAGUCAGGCAGGCAGCCAACCACCCACCUACCCGGCCGGCCUGCUAGCCAGCCAGCCAGCCGAAUACGUAUUACACAUGUUUCAGAGUUGUUUCUCUUUACUUAGGGCAUAGGUUAUAGGACAUUCUGCCAGGAUGACACUACCAGUGGUAUUCUCCCAUUCCACUGUGUCGACAAUACUUAAAGAUAACAGUAACAUACGAUACUGUAUGGGAUGUAAAAUUUGCAAUACAGUUCACUACCAUGUAUACAUAAUAUACAGUACAUAAAUUAUUAAAAUAUAUCAAUAUUAAAAUAUAUCAAUGCUAAAGUGGGUAAAAAUGUUAUGGAGGGAGUAGUAGGUAAAUUUGGGGUGCCAGGGGUAAAUGUAAAUGGGGAGCCUUUAAUUGAGCUAUGUGUAGAAAGAGAUUUGGUAAUAAGUAAUACAUAUUUUAUGAAAAAGAGGAUAAAUAAAUAUACAAGGUAUGAUGUAGCACGUAAUGAAAGUAGUUUAUUAGAUUAUGUAUUGGUGGAUAAAAGGUUGAUGGGUAGGCUCCAGGAUGUACAUGUUUAUAGAGGGGCAACUGAUAUAUCGGAUCAUUAUUUAGUUGUAGCUACAGUUAGAGUAAGAGGUAGAUGGGAAAAGAGGAAGGUGGCAACAACAAGUAAGAGGGAGGUGAAAGUGUAUAAACUAAGGGAGGAGGAAGUUCGGGUGAGAUAUAAGCGACUAUUGGCAGAAAGGUGGGCUAGUGCAAAGAUGAGUAGUGGAGGGGUUGAAGAGGGUUGGAACAGUUUUAAAAAUGCAGUAUUAGAAUGUGGGGCAGAAGUUUGUGGUUAUAGAAGGGUGGGGGCAGGAGGAAAGAGGAGUGAUUGGUGGAAUGAUGAAAUAAAGGGUAUGAUAAAAGAGAAAAAGGUAGCUUAUGAGAGGUUUUUACAAAGCAGAAGUGUUAUAAGAAGAGCAGAGUAUAUGGAGAGUAAAAGAAAGGUAAAGAGAGUGGUGAGAGAGUGCAAAAGGAGAGCAGAUGAUAGAGUGGGAGAGGCACUGUCAAGAAAUUUUAAUGAAAAUAAGAAAAAAAAUUGGAGUGAGUUAAACAAGGUAAGAAAGCCUAGGGAAAGUAUGGAUUUGUCAGUUAAAAACAGAGUAGGGGAGUUAGUAGAUUGGGGAGAUGGAGGUACAGUGGACCCCCGGUUAACGAUAUUUUUUCACUCCAGAAGUAUGUUCCGGUGCCAGUACUGACCGAAUUUGUUCCCAUACGAAAUAUUGUGAAGUAGAUUAGUCCAUUUCAGACCCCAGACAUAUACGUACAAACGCACUUACAUAAAUACACUUACAUAAUUGGUCACAUUCGGAGGUAAUCGUUAUGCGGGGGUCCACUGUAUUAGGUAGAUGGCGAGAAUAUUUUGAGGAACUUUUAAAUGUUAAGGAAGAAACAGAGGCAGUAAUUUCAUGCACUGGUCAGGGAGGUAUACCAUCUUUUAGAAGUGAAGAAGAGCAGAAUGUAAGUGUGGGGGAGGUACGUGAGGCAUUACGUAAAAUGAAAGGGGGUAAAGCAGCUGGAACUGAUGGGAUCAUGACAGAAAUGUUAAAAGCAGGGGGGGAUAUAGUGUUGGAGUGGUUGGUACUUUUUGUUUAAUAAAUGUAUGAAAGAGGGGAAGGUACCUAGGGAUUGGCGGAGAGCAUGUAUAGUCCCUUUAUAUAAAGGGAAAGGGGACAAAAGAGACUGUAAAAAUUAUAGAGGAAUAAGUUUACUGAGUGUACCAGGAAAAGUGUACGGUAGGGUUAUAAUUGAAAGAAUUAGAGGUAAGACAGAAUGUAGGAUUGCGGAUGAGCAAGGAGGUUUCAGAGUGGGUAGGGGAUCUGUAGAUCAAGUGUUUACAUUGAAGCAUAUAUGUGAACAGUAUUUAGAUAAAGGUAGGGAAGUUUUUAUUGCAUUUAUGGAUUUAGAAAAGGCAUAUGAUAGAGUGGAUAGAGGAGCAAUGUGGCAGAUGUUGCAAGUAUAUGGAAUAGGUGGUAAGUUAUUAAAUGCUGUAAAGAGUUUAUAUGAGGAUAGUGAGGCUCAGGUUAGGGUGUGUAGAAGAGAGGGAGACUACUUCCCGGUAAAAGUAGGUCUUAGACAGGGAUGUGUAAUGUCACCAUGGUUGCUUAAUAUAUUUAUAGAUGGGGUUGUCAAGGAAGUAAAUGCUAGGGUGUUCGGGAGAGGGGUGGGAUUAAAUUUUGGGGAAUCAAAUUCAAAAUGGGAAUUGACACAGUUGCUUUUUGCUGAUGAUACUGUGCUUAUGGGAGAUUCUAAAGAAAAAUUGCAAAGGUUAGUGGAUGAGUUUGGGAAUGUGUGUAAAGGUAGAAAGUUGAAAGUGAACAUAGAAAAGAGUAAGGUGAUGAGGGUGUCAAAUGAUUUAGAUAAAGAAAAAUUGGAUAUCAAAUUGGGGAGGAGGAGUAUGGAAGAAGUGAAUGUUUUCAGAUACUUGGGAGUUGACGUGUCGGCGGAUGGAUUUAUGAAGGAUGAGGUUAAUCAUAGAAUUGAUGAGGGAAAAAAAGGUGAGUGGUGCGUUGAGGUAUAUGUGGAGUCAAAAAACGUUAUCUAUGGAGGCAAAGAAAGGAAUGUAUGAAAGUAUAGUAGUACCAACACUCUUAUAUGGGUGUGAAGCUUGGGUGGUAAAUGCAGCAGCGAGGAGAUGGUUGGAGGCAGUGGAGAUGUCCUGUUUUAGGGCAAUGUGUGAUGUAAAUAUUAUGCAGAAAAUUCAGAGUGUGGAAAUUAGGAAAAGGUGUGGAGUUAAUAAAAGUAUUAGUCAGAGGGCAGAAGAGGGGUUGUUGAGGUGGUUUGGUCAUUUAGAGAGAAUGGAUCAAAGUAGAAUGACAUGGAAAGCAUAUAAAUCUAUAGGGGAAGGAAGGCGGGGUAGGGGUCAUCCUCGAAAGGGUUGGAGAGAGGGGUAAAGGAGGUUUUGUGGGCAAGGGGCUUGGACUUCCAGCAAGCGUGUGUGAGUGUGUUAGAUAGGAGUGAAUGGAGACGAAUGGUACUUGGGACCUGACGAUCUGUUGGAGUGUGAGCAGGGUAAUAUUUAGUGAAGGGAUUCAGGGAAACUGGUUAUUUUCAUAUAGUCGGACUUGAGUCCUGGAAAUGGGAAGUACAAUGCUUGUACUUUAAAGGAGGGGUUUGGGAUAUUGGCAGUUUGGAGGGAUAUGUUGUGUAUCUUUAUAUGUGUAUGCUUCUAAACUGUUGUAUUCUGAGCACCUCUGCAAAAACAGUGAUAAUGUGCAAGUGUGGUGAAAGUGUUGAAUUAUGAUGAAAGUAUUUUCUUUUUUGGGAUUUUCUUUCUUUUUUGGGGCACCCUGCCUCGGUGGGAGAUGGCCGACUUGUUGAAAAAAAAAAAAAAAUAUCAAUAGAAGUAAAUUAUGGUAAAAAGAAUGAAAUAAUGAUUGUACAUUACAUUACAGUACUAUGUAGGUAGUUCAUAUAGCAAAGGUUUGACAUUGUGCCCUACCCAGUAUGUUGGCGAUUUUCAAAGGUUCGGCUUACGUCCAUUUUGACUUACGACCAGUUGGUCGGAACCAAGCUCGGUCGUAAGUCAGAUGGUACUUGUAUAUGCUUGUACAUGCAUGCGUAAUACGACUUAAGUGUAAAGAGAAAUAGCAAGACAUACCUGAAGCCUUGCACAUUUAUGAGACAGAAAAAAGACACCAGCAAUCCUACCAUCAUGUAAAACAAUUACAGGCAUCCAUUUUACACUCACUUGGCAGGAUGGUAGUACCUCCAUGGGCAGCUGCUGUCUACCAACCUACUACCUAGGUAAAUUGCAGGUACAUUAUGCAGAAGUCAUCAGCACUCACCAAAUACAGAUAAGCAUGCUGCAUGCUGUGGUGUUGUUAAGAAACAUGAAAUUUUUUGAGCAAUGAGUGGUGGUGAUGCUUGUGGUGGUGACGAUGCUUGUGGUGGUGGCAGUGCUUGUGGUAGUGGCGAUGCUUGUGGUAGUGGCGAUGCAGGUGGUGUUCCCCAGCUCUAUUUAUAUUAGUUAUCUGAAGAAUCCUUGCAGUUAAAAUGGAAAUAACCAAGUUUGAUGUACUGUACAUUUAACACCUGUGGGGUGUAUCUGUCUUCUCUAGGUAUCUUUAGCAAAGUGAAAUGCUGCAUACCAUGGCUGUGGGAAAUGUGAUGAAAUUUUUGUGAUAGAUGAAUGGUGGUGUUCAUUGAAAUGGCCUUACAGGUAUUAUUGUUCUCAUGCAUUAUCCAGCUCUUGUUAUUCAAGAGGAUGCAACUUGGUUUCAUUUACAUUGAAUACUUGUGGUGCAUAACCACCUUCUUCAUUUGUAUCCUCAUCAAAACAGGAUGCUGCAUGUUUUGGCUUGGGAAAUGUGUGUGUGUGUGAGAUUGAGGGGAGGGGAACCAUUGAUGUUUAAGUGCCACUCUGCUUGUGAUUGCAGCCACACUUAAAUACAAUUCAUUCCUACUAUCCACCCAUAUUGAUCAAUUUCAGCUACACUUACCAUUGUCUGAAGCCAGAAUCUUUAUUUAUUUAAAGCAAAUGGUAGAUAAAUAUGUGAAAAGAUACAUGGUUAUAUCCAUUCCUUGUAAUUCUCAGCUGGAAACCAAAACUGAUAAAUGAAGCUAGUGUGUAUUUAUUAUGCAGUUUUUUACUGAUUUCAUCACUGGUUUCACUGUUACAAUGAUGGAUGGGAACAUGUUAAGCGGGGGUUGCCUGUAUCAUAAACAAUGUUGGUAGUAUUUUUAUGAGAGUUCCAAAUUGUUGGAUAAAGGUUGUCUAUUGAUUUUGCCCAAACUAUGCAGUAAAGCUGUGACCUGCACAUAUUAAUACAGUAAAUUAUUAUAACUUUAGUGCUAUAUUUGAGCACAAACUUAUAGAUCAUUGAUUUUCUUAAUAUUAUGAGAGGAUGACCAUUAUGUUUUUUACAAGGACUAAGUAUUAUGAUGAGUUCUGGUUCAAUGUAUAAUAGUACUGGCUUAUCCCUUGAGCAGUGUUUGUCUUUGUUACAAGUCGAUGUUUUGCCAGUGAGUGUCAUCUCUCUGUCCAUCUCCACCAUGAAUGUCUUUUUGAUGAAGUUUGUAGAAUGACAUCUGCGGUGUUUAUUUGUAUAUAUAUUAUACGCAUAUUCUUUGACUGUUAAAUGUGUCUUGCAGAGAUUUGUACUUGCCCUUAUCUUUGUACUUUUCAUGGACAUUAUCCUUUAUGGGGUCAGUGGUGGGUAGGAAAAUAAGGGAGCUGAAGGUAAUUACCAACGUAUGAAUAAUAAUCUUCCUGAAUCCACUGUUGAUGACCCCUGCACACCUACAGACUCUCCUUGAAACUUGGUAUCACUCUCAGGCAAUCCUUUGUCACUUGAGCCAGAUACUGCAAUUCACCCUGACUCCUUUGAUACGUCUGACCUUUGCUCUACUUUGAACCUGAUCUGGCGUCUCUCACGACACAGUGUUGAUUUUUAGAUCAUUUGCAUGUCACAGGACGAAAUAGCUUGUCACAUACUAGAUAAUCCUGUUUCUAUAACUGACAUAACUUUCCACUCUCUUCCUAAGAAACACACUACAUGGAACUAUCGUCUUCUUCCUACAAGAUGUAUUUCAAAGACAGUUUUGGGUGAAAUUCUUUUCCCUACACCUGACUACAUCUACAGAGAUUACCUUACAGACCAAAGCAUUGUCCAAACACUCAUGAGACAUGUUGGUCAAAGUGUAUCAUUCCUUGCCCUCGAGAGUGAGAUGAGUAUUGUCACCUUCAAUGACUCAGAACAGGUUGACAACCUUUCCUAUAUACCCCUCUGUUGACAACAUCCCAGUCUUGGUAUGUCCUCAGUUCAAGCUCUGGGACUGUCCUCAUCCCACACUAUAAUCCAGCAAUGGGGCCUGGACCUUCAUGAACAACUUGAACUCCAAAACCUCCCAGUCACUAGAGUAGAAACUUAUGUCUGCCGUCUGAGGUCCGACAUAUUAUCCGACCAAUAUUUCUAAAUUGUCCUUUGAAUAUCUAACAAGUACAGAACUGUACUCUGUUUCCUUUGCUUCGGGAUGGGAUACAUUGUGUUCUGCUUUGGUCUUUACAAGAGUGCAGUCUGUCUUAUAAGGCUGACACUGUUAAAAGUAUUGUGCGACCCCAGACAGUUUCCAUAGCAUAGUGCAGCAGUCUGUCAUAAGUCUUGGGCAUGGCCUACCCCUCUGCAAACCACCCUUAUAUGCCCAAUUUUUUUUUGCAUUUCAUAUGUCUCACAGGUGCUGGUUGAUAUUACUGGAUAAAUAGUCUUGCAUGCUUACAAACAAGGACUUCCUGUUAAUUAAGUGACUCACAAAGUUCAUUACUGUUAAUCAGUUUCUAAUGUUUUUGGCAUUCUUGUGAAUAACACACUGUGACUUGAAGUACAGUAAACCUUUGAUAUAAUAAACCUCAGUAUAAUGUAUUUUUAAAAUAAUGGGGAAAAUCCUCUAUAUAAAGUGCACAUUUAACUUCUUUAUUUUCAGUGUUUAUUGCAGGACAAUGGUAAAUUAUAUGGACACUACUGUAUUAGGAAUUUUUUCCUCAUGCUUUUCCUGGUAAUUGUAAUUGUCUUCUAUUUCCUGGCAAGUAGCCAUCUUCCAUCACUUUGUCAUCCUUCUCUGUCUUUGUCCUGUUCAUGUGGAUGUUUACUUGCAUUCAUCUCAUGGGUGGCCAUGUUUUGGAGUACAUAAAUAGAAUUAACGUUGUUUGUAAGAGCAGGAGAAGCCUAACUACACUGACUGGAGCUACAAGCCAAGUUUCUUCCUUUCUCUUGUUAACACAGUAGUAGUUCUCAGGAGUUCAACUACUGGCAUCCUGUAUACUUAAAUCUUGUCUUUCUUUCAAUAAUAGUUUUAUAUUUUCUUGUAUGUGUGUAUAAUUUAUUCUCAAGUGGGGGAGGCUUUAUUAUUAUGCAUUAGAAUGAAUUUAGAUUUUAGAUAUCUUUAAUAUUAAAAUAAAUACCAGUACACAAAUGCACUUACUGAUUCUCAGUUAUUUGAAUGGCAACCUCUCAAGCAAGUAAAAAUCUUUUAUGCAUUAAGCUGACCUUAUAACUAAAGGUAAAAUGAUGAGUGAUGGUGAAAGUAUUGCUUCUGUUUUUGAUCACCCUACCUCGGUAGGAAACAGCUGGUGCGUUAAAAUAAAAAAAUGCAGAUAUUAUGUAGCACGUAGUGUUGUAGUGCUGUGUAUAGCUUCAGGUGUAGUGCACUUCUGAUGCGAUUAACCAUAUGUCUUUUUGAAUAACUUCUGCUGUAAUAGUGUGUAACAGAAUUGAAUUCAGAAUUGUUCUCUGUAAUACUGUAUUUUAUUAUUAUUAUUAUUAUUACUAUAAUUAUAAUUGUUAUUAUGUAUUUUAUAAAUAUUGCUAAGGUUCCAUCCAUUUCAUUUAUAUACAGUAUUCUAAAAAAAAAUAUUAGCUAAUUAAUUACUUGUAUUAACUAUGGUAAUUUUAGUUUAUGACCUGCAUGGGUUUGGCACAUUUCUUGUGAAUAGCAACUGAUGUUAACAAAAGAGAUAUUUUGGUUAACAUUUUAAUUAGUAAAAAAAGGCAUUGGUUAAAAUAUCCAACAAAAUUCUUAUGCAAUUGUUUUUAUAAACCCAGCUGGUCUGUUUAUUUCUGUCAGUCAUUAAUUCUAACAGUAUUGCUUACAUAUAAGGGAAGAUUUUCUGCUAAUUCUGUACUGUACUUUAUUAUUCUACUACAGGUCUACUAAACUAGUGAUGAAUUGUGUGUCUUUAAUUAAGUACUACAGUGAGGGCGAAUAUGUUUGGUACUACAAUAUUUGAUAAUAUCCACCUCAGUCACACCUAGCUGUUGUAUGCAGGUCUACACAACUUUUGAUGCCAAGUGAACCUAAUCAUUACCUGUCCUAGUAAAAGUCAUACAUACUGGUCAUACCUUGUUACUUGUUAAAUGACUCACCUUUUAGAAAAGCUAAAUAUCACUGACCUAUUCAGUGGAGUGAUUGGGAUUCAAUCCUAGGAGUUUGGAAUUACCAGCCAGUUACCUUCAUCACCUGCACCGUGGAGGAUCAUGGAUUAGGCAAUGGGCAAGUAAUCCCAGACAACAGAUUUUAAUCUCGAUCACUCUUGAAUUACUACAUGCAGCCAUUGAAUCCUACCUAAGUAGCAGCCUUGAGGACAAUAUAAUGAUGUUUAUAAACCCAAGAUAAGGCACAAUGAACAACUGUCAAUGAAAAAACAGAAUACUGGGUGGACCAGGUACUAUCUGCCUGGUAUGUACACGGACCAUGGUUUGGGUUUCUGUCCAGUAUUCUGUUUAUUCAUGUAGCAGUGUGUUUACCUUAACAUUACAUUUAUUUAUAUAUCUUACUAGAACAUAAUCAUAUGAGUUGACCAUGACCAUGUUACUAGACUGUGAUCAUAUUAUAGCAUAGUCAUGUUGCUAGACCAUGACUAUGACUGGAUAACAUGACAAAACCAUGUGACUAGACCACAUGACUAUACACUAACCAUACAACUAGACCCUAUGUCUAGACACUAACGAUGUGUCUAGACCACAUGAUUAGACACUAACCAUGUGACUAAAUCCUGAUCAUGUGACUGUAUUGUAUUAAGUAAGUGAACACAUCUGCAUGACAUAAUGCACUCAUUAUUCCUUGUUAAACUUUCAGUUUUUAGUUAAAUUUAUUGUAAUUACAAACAUACACAUGAAUUAAUGAAAUACUGCAAAUAUAUAGUACUGUCAUAGAAAGACAUUGAUUAUUACAGUAGAACCUCAUUAUUUGAGUGUAAAGUGAUAUAGAGUAAGUUGUUAAAUAUAAUAUGGGAUAUUGAAGUUGAAUACUGUAGGUUUGCAUGCUAGUGAGGGAACUCAAGUGCCAUUCUUUAUACUAAAGAAUAAAAAGGCACAAUACUGUGACUGGAACAAUACACAAAUAACCCACACAUUGGAGAAAGAAACUCAUGAUGAGUUAAUGGUUCUUCUUCUUCUUGAUGAUUUGCCGGUACUUCCAGCCCGGGUCUUCUCCAGAUGGUGACCCGGCGGUGGCCCCCAGGGCGGGGGUGUCGUUCAUCUUCUUCAUUCUUCUAUCUUCUCUCUUGGGCCCUCCAGUUGGAGGGUAACUUCUUCUUCUAUCUUGCAUUGACUCCCCAAGUGGGAAGUGUCUUCGUGCUUGGCAUCUUCAGUGUCACAGUCGGGCAGAGGCAGAAAUCAGGGUUCAUUGGUGUGUAACUAGUUAAUGGUGUGUGACUAGUUAAUGGUCUGUGACUGGUUAAUGGUGUGUGACUGGUUAAUGGUAUUUGACUGGUUAAUGGUUCAAGUUGGACUGAAUGUCAUCUAAACUUUCUUUCUCUUAUGUGCAGGUUAUCUGUGCAUUGUAUUCUGUAAUCCAGUUUAUAUGUUAGAAAUUACAGUUGUUUUUUCAUGAAGUUAAAAAUCUUACAAUAAAUUUAGCUUUGAUUUCAGAUAUAACUUUUUUAAAAUGUUAUUGUGGGUAUGAUAAGACUAUUGAUGAAUAUACAUUAUGGAUGAUAGAGGAAAUUCCCUGGUUCUGCUCUGUACUAAUAUAUCCCCUCAUAAGCAACACUUAGGAGUGAGACUGAUUCAGUUUUUUAGGUUUCCUGGGUUUAAAACACUGAAAAAACAUGAGGUCCCUUAAUAUUAACCUAAUUCCCUAAGUAGCAUAUAUAGUAGGAAAUUUUAUUUUUGUGUUAACACAAACAUUGAGUUAGGUUGAUCUGAUAAUGACUCCAGAGCUUUUGUGAUAUAGAUACUGUGGUAUCUUUAUGUUGCAUCCCUCUCUCCAGCAACCAACCUGGUAUAAGUCAGUGUUCUUACAUGUAAUUAUGUGCCUCAAUUUUUUUUUCUAUGAUUAUCAUAGCAGUGUAUUUUUAGUUAGUAUACGGUACACCUGUCUAACGACACACUUUCAACUACAGUGGAACCUCAAAAAUCGAACUGCUCCCAACUCAAUCAAUUAUGUAAGUGUAUUUUUGUAAGUACUUUUAUAAGUGUAUUUUUGAGGGUCUUAAAUGGUCUAAUCUAAUUUACAUUAUUCCUGAUGGGAAUAAAUUCGUUCGGUAGUGGCACUCGAACAGCCUUCUGGACCGAAGAAAGUUCGAUACUUGAGGUUCCACUGUACUUGCGAAUAUCUGAAUGUAUUCAUGUCUUCCUGCUUGAUUGUCUCUGUACUUCACUCUUCCUGUUCCCCUCGACUUAAUCUGCUCUAUCCUUUUCAUAAAAAUACUUUCACUUGUGCAGCCUUGAUGUGUUGGUUUUGCCUGUCUACUUUUCCUUUUAUUUGCCUUCAUACUUUGGCAGUUUUUUCGUUGUCUCUUUUUUUUUUCAUCUCAAAAAUACUUAUGACACUCCCUGGUGUUAAAGUAUCUUAGCCUAAGCCCAUGUCUUAGUUCUCUGAGGCAAUUUGUUACUUUUCCUCAGAGAUUUCUUAUCAGAGAGGCACUUCUGUGUUUGGGUAAAUAAUAGUUUACCCCUGACUUUGUCCAGUUUGAAGGCAUCCCUCAAGGCUGUGUUCUUAGCAUAACCCACUGCCUUGUUUCUAUUAAUGACUUUGCCUCUGUUCUUCCUUCUAGUGUUUGGUCAUUUUUCUAUGUCAAUGUUUUUGUUGUAGCUUGUAAAAGCAAUUGAUUGUCUUUCCAACUGGACCACCUCUCAUGGAUUUAAAUUUUGUUGCUAAAAUACACCAGAUAACUUUCACAAUACUUCUUUUUAUCCCUCAUACCAGUCUAUACCUAUUUAGUUCCUUUAUCCCUGAACAAGAUACAGUCAAAUUUCUCAACCUUUUGUUUGAUCAUAAAGUGUCUUGGAAGCCUCACAUAACCUUCCUGCAAGCUGUUUAUUAUAGCCACCUGAAUCUCCUUAAAACUCUGGUCUAUCUUUCAUUGGGGGCUGAUAAACAAACUCUUUUUUUGCCAUCAUUCAGCCCUCAUUUUAUCUAAAUUACCAUAGACUGUGGCAGUCAACUAUAUUCUUCAGCCUCCCCACUAGUCUUUCUAAAUUUGAUCCCAUUCAUCAUCAGGGGCAUAUUUGUAUCUAGGAGCUUUUCAGUCUUUCAUGGUCGAGAGCCUAUAUACAAAGACGAAUGCUCCAUCUUUGAAAAAUCGACACUAUGCCCUCUGUCUCAGUUAUUUGGUCUGCUUCCAUGACCUUCACAAUCCUUCCACAUAUAGAAUGAUAAUGGAUGUUAGGGCUGAUUUGGUUCAUGGAAUUGUAAUAACAUAAUUGCAAAUAAAUCACAGAACAGGUGGGGCUUGAAUAUAUUUCAAGUAUGCUAACCAGUGGUUAUCACACAAACCUGUGAGUUUUAACCCUUUGACUGUUUCAGGCCCCUCUCUGAAACUGUCAUUCUAUGUCGCUCAAUUUUUGAAAAAAAAAAAAAUUAUUUUUUCUUAUGAAAUGAUAGAGAAUCUUUUCCCGAUGGUGAUGACACCAAAAGUUCGAAAUUUGGUCGAAAACUCGUGGAAUUAUGCUCCCGCGAAGUUAGCGGUCUCGGCGACAUAUGCGUAUCGGCGAUUUCGCCGACUUUGAGCCCAAUUUUCAGCCAAUUCCAUUGUUCCAGUUGACCAAACUCAUAGCUAUUUCUUUAGAACUCCAUUUUAUCUAUCAGCUGAGUACAAGAAACCUCCCAUUUACUAAUUUGGACUACCCAAUAUGGUGGUCAGAAAUUGGCAAUUUGGCCAAUUUCACGCAAAAUAAAAAAGAUGCCAAUUUCAAAAUAGGGUCCAGAAUAAACAAGGUAGACAUUUGUGGCACUAAAAUAACAUAUGCUCUGUUCAUUAGUCACAUCUCUAGGCCCCUCUUAUAUUAUUAUUGCUUUCUAUUUUGAUUUUUUAUUCAUACAAAAAAAUACAAAAUUUACUGUUAUGCAGACGACUGCAUUAUUGUAAAAAUGGUAUAAAUAUAUCAGUGCACUAGUGAAAGAAUAUUAGACUCCCCAGUUGACGUGUAUUGGACGUGUGGUGUGAUUUAUGUACUCUUGAACAUUGGUAAAAAUCGAACAUUUCUGCUACUUUGAGCUCAGUUUCAAGGUCGUUUUCAUCGUAAAAGUAAUGAAAAUCAUCUCUAUUUCUGUAAUAUGUUUUCCAUUUUAUCACCUAAGACCAUGAAAACGCGAAUACAACGAUAAAUACUAUACGAAAAUACACCUCAAAGUCGGCGUUUUAUUCCAAAAAAACGAUCAGAGUUUUUUUUUUCUCAUUACGCAAUGUGUGCUGCAGGAUUUUUUUUAUGUGGUGCACACUGACCACACAGACCCAUUCUCUCACAUGUGGGCCUACCAGCUUUCUCCCACUUGAUUUGAAGCCGCUAGAAUUAUUGAGUAUAUAUACGUCAGAAACAUUGGCUCGUAAGACGUAUUUAUACGUCGAAAACAGUCAAAGGGUUAAAACUCUCUUGCCAUGGGUUUAAAUCCCACCCAUUCUGUGAGAGAAGUGAAUUGAUUAAUUGUUGCCUCCUCAUUUAUUACACCUCUCCAUUCUGUGAUAGGGCUGAUUUGUUUAAUUGUUGCCCCUAUUUAUUAUGUGUCUUACCUCUCCAGCUUCCCUCUCUGUUGCCUUCCCUUCAUUUAUCUUCCUUUAUGUUCACCCUGCAUCUUACUUUUUCCCUCUCUCCCUCCUUGGAAGGUUCUGAUGACUCAUGUUUGCUCCUCCCCACUUCCAUGCACAUAAGCUCACUUUCCUGUUACAACUUUACACUCACUUUUUGUUGAACACUUCUAGUCUCAUUCUCAUGCUAUUGCAGUGUACAUUGAUGAUUCUAAAUCCCCUGAUAAGGCUUAAUUGCUUUUUAAACAGUAUUUCUUUUAUCUGGAAUCUUUAUUGUUGUAUUUUCUUAAACUUUUGUUUUGUCAGUUUGUCUAACUAUGAACACCUUACUGCAAUUUCAUAUUCUACUUCAGCUAUAACAUAUAUUACAAAUAAAUUCUUAAGCAUUUUGUCAUCCAUGCCUAAAUUUUCCUUAAUGUUACAUUUAUGUGGUCUUCUGAUGUUAAUCUGUUAAAUACAAUUACUGCAAGGUCUUAUUUCUCCAGUGAUUUUAUCAUUGUUUAUAUUCUACGUGAGGUCUAUUUCUAAUUUUAUCUUUUAUUUUUUAGUUACUUUGAAAGUUUUAAUAUUAAAUUCCAUCAAAGAUGGAAAAGCUGUUUUCAUGACAAUUCUGCAUUGACACACUACCUUGUUACUACAUUAUGGAGCUGAUUCAUGAAACAGAUCAACAAUGACAAGUUCAGGAAUCAAGGUUAGUAGCAUUGUCAAAAUGAGGAGCUUCCACGUAAUAAUGUCUGAUAGUUGCUCCAAUAUUUAUUUUAUGUUUAAUACACAAGAUGACUCUCCUAAUAGAAUUUCAAAUUCAACUUACCUUAGAACCUGGAAUCUUGUACCCUACUGUUAUAGUCAAGACAGAAAUUGAAAUUACUAAUAAAAGCCAAAAAUUGUGGCAAAUUCUAAUUUCUGACUUCAUAUGUACAUUUCAUUUGUUUAUCUUGUGGAAGCAAAGUAAUGUAAAUGCAUGCUGCUCAGAAAAAAAAAAAAAUACAAAUUUCUUAAUAUGACAGUGGUCAGUACUAG